GUGGAAGCUCUCAGUAGGCAAACGGCAGCCUUACCGAGUACAUUACCAUCCCCAUUCCAAAUUUAAGUGAAGUGAUUGAAUAUUUAAGAACUCAAAAUGGUUUUCGAGCCGAGUCAAACGCAGAAAUUGAGCAUAUUUAGUGCGCGCUACCGAUGGCAAUUUAUUGCCACAAUGACGGUGCACAUCAUGACGCUGACACAUGGCCUUGCGGUGGGCUGGCUGUCACCAUCAUUGAGGCUUUUGGGAUCGGAGAAUAGUCCCCUGGGACCACCUUUAACUAUUGUUCAGGCCUCUUGGGUUGGCUCUUUGAUUGGUCUGGGUUCUCUGACCGGCAAUAUAAUCUUUGGCCUGCUACUCGAUCGUAUAGGAAGGAAAAUGUGCAUGUAUAUUCUGGCAAUUCCCAACAUGGCAUAUUGGGUCCUUAUCUACACAGCCCAAGACGUAAACUAUCUGUAUGCGGGUCGAUUUCUGGCUGGCAUGUCGGGUGGCGGUGUUUAUGUUGUCCUGCCCAUAUUUAUUGCAGAAAUUGCCGAUAAUGGCGUUCGUGGUGCUCUAUCAUCCAUGGCCAUGAUGUACGUUAGCAUGGGAAUAGUGAUAGGCUUCGCUUUGGCCUCCUAUCUCUCGUACUAUCUGAUGCCUUGCAUCAUCGUCGCCCUGCCUGCGAUAUUUAUGCUAUCAGUCAUUGGACUGCGCGAGACGCCACAAUAUUUGCUGAAGCAUGGGCGUGACGGGGAGGCUGAGAGAUCUUACUACUUCUACAAGAACCUCACGCCGCCAGCCCCCAAUGAUAAAGAGGCGGCACACCAUGAUGCUGCCAAAAUGGAAUUUGACACGUUCCGUCUGCAGGUACUCAGUGGCGGCGUCACUCAGAGCAUUACCUGGAGAGAUUUCUUCAAUGUACCCACCAUAAAGAUCUUUGGCCUGAUCUUUGUGCUGAUCAUCUGCAAUCAGUUGUCUGGCAGCUUCGCAAUCUUCAACUACACAUCGCACAUCUUUGCGGAGUUGGGCAACAAAUUGGAUCCGAAUACCUGCACCAUUGUGGUGGGGGCUGCCCAACUGUUUGGCAUACUCUGUGCCGUUGUCCUGGUGGAUCGUCUCGGACGUCGUGUGCUACUCCUCACAUCGAUGGCGGGCAUGGGUCUGGGAGAGCUGGCCAUUGCUCUGCUGAAGAUCUGUUGCACACCGGAGUUCCUAGAAGAGAACGGCUGGCUGCCUUUGGUAGUGAUGUGCUUCAUUGCAGUUAUUGCAUCCGUGGGUGUCAUAUCCCUAAUCUUUAUCAUCAUCAUUGAGCUGUUGCCGGCAAAGAUCCGCUCCCUUGGCACCUCUUUGAGCAUGGCCACCUUCAGUGCCUUCAUCUUUGUAUCGCUGAAGAUCUAUCCCACCAUGAUUUACGAUGAGGGUCUGCCCGCCACCAUGUUCAUGUCGUCGAGCAUGUGCCUGUUUGGUUUCAUUGUCUUGGGGCUCUAUCUGCCGGAGACCAAAGACCGCCUCAUGACGCACUGAUGCCGAUUGUUUUCGUGUGAAAAUCAAUGAUGUCUCUACAUCAAACCUGCGGCCACGCCAAAAACUGUUUGCCUGCCUGCCAGACUGCCUGCCAGCCUUUUGUUGCAGAUCCAUUGCAUAAGAGACUCGACAAUUUGUGGCUGCUCAUCCUGAACUCUUGAACUUAAUUCAAUUUUGGAGUACUGCGAUGUGGUUUGGUUUGGUUUGGUUUGGUUUUGCUCUUUGUCUGCGGGAUCAUCUGGGGAUCUUUUGUAAAUAGAAAUUUAAUUUUGUUAGGGAGAAAGUCUCCCGGGUCGGGGCUGUGAUCUGUUGAUUGAUAUGAGCUCAAAUUGUAAGUGAAAUAGGUUUAAGUAGGUUAUUAUUACUAGUUUAUUGAAUUACGAAUAAUAAAUCAACCAAAUCGAA